AGAUGCAUGUCUUGUCAGAUGAUCUGGCGGUUGAGUUGGAGGACUCGAAAGUGAGGGUUCCCCGUUUUGUUGCUAUUCUUGCAGCUUCCUUUCCAUCAUCGAUCGUGUAGCACCGCACCCGAUUUCGUUUCCAUUGUGCCCAUCCAGCAUCCUUUCCACGAUGACUCUGACCCAACGAUCAGCUACCCAUCGUCCGCCUUCGCCGAGAACCGGCCAUCUGCACAGAGAGUGGAUUGCGAAUGCUUUUGAAUCUUAUCAGCUUCCGUCCGAGUUGGAUCUAGACCGCCCGACCUUCACCGCGGAUGGAGAACGUCAUUUUCGUACUCGUUUCCUUGGCGUUUGCUCACUUAAACUCGGUGCUUAUCAUUCUCCCGCAACCGCAUUUUACGAGAUUGCCGAGUUUGAGAUCUCUGAAUUGCCAGAAGCCCAGUUUCUCAAUGAACCCGAUCGUGAGCAUGUAACCAGCGGUUUGACCGGAUCGUCCCUUCACACCGCCGAAAGUAUUGAUGCUCUUUUGUCCUUGUCUACCAAUCCCAUGACUGAACGUUGUACGCCCCAUCCCGCUCAUCGCCCGGCCAACGCUCUAAAAAAGAAAAAGCGAUGGCGUACUAUUCGUUAUGAUAUUGUCUUUUGUCCAGAAGGACCGAGCCAUUCCGAAGUUGAUACGUCUUGUCAUCCACUCCCUGAUCAUGCCUACUAUAUAUUCCCUCGCGAUUCCAUCAUGGACGUCAUUUCCGAAUCCAGCCUUCUCGAGAUUUCCGUUUCUUUCCAUCACCCUGCUUUAUUUGCGUCUCUCGCACCGUUCCCGUCGGCUUGCUCUUGCAACCUUUACCCGUCUAUCCAUCACGCUGCCAAAUUUGAGGAGACGCCCAGUUCCAAGCUCGAACAGUUUGCCACCGUAUGCUGCUCAACGUGCCGAUUAACUUCGCCUUCAAAUGAUCCACCGUUUCUUCACCCAGCGCAUCAGCAUAUUUUGAAUCAUUUAACCUUAAAUGGCCAUGCUGUUUACGUCGAACUCUCGGGUGUUUCCAAAGAACUCUACGUGGGGAUCCGGCAAGCCGCUUUCGGGUUCGGUUCCAUUUGUCAAAAAGUCAUGGACCUGGCCCGAUUCCAUGCAGAGCGAGUCGCUUAUCGGCAGGCGGAGAUCACCCUUCGCCCUGAAGUCAGCCUUCAUGACCAAUCCGCACCAUCGACGGCGUCUCAACCUGAACUUCAAUCGGAAAAAAUUCUUGCCAAUAGUGGCGAGGAUGAAGGCGAACUACCCGUGAGAAAAGAUACACCGGAAGAAGUGGUAAUAGCUUCGCCUACACAUCGACGGUCAUCAUCUUCCACGUCGUCGGUUAGUUCUUCUAAACCGUCUACGACCCAUCCUCGAGGGAAUAAUCACGGUUCGAACAAAUGCUGUCUUUACUGUGGAUCCAAAACCACCCCCAUGUGGCGUCGAGGGCCUCAAGGAGCAGGGACACUUUGCAACGCGUGUGGUGUAAAGUGGAAGCACGGUAAAAUUUUGAGUGGCAAUAUGAUCCGAGAGGAUGUGAGCAUCGCGGCCCAUGAACCCAGUGGCGGCAAGUCGGUGAAAAGGAAGAAACGAAGCAGUGUCGAUAAUCCAAAACGCAAACGGUCGAAAAGCAAACAGCAACAGCAACAAUCAAUGACUGCAACACCUUCCAACGAUGUUCACGGUUCAAGAGACAGUCCGGUGGAUGAUUUUCCAGAGAUAGGCGGGAAUGGACAUGACAUCCACGAUACCAGAGAUUCCAGUAUAUCUAUCGAUGAAAAUCUUCCUUCCAGCGGAGAGAUGAGCGAUGCACGGUACAGCAGCUUGGACCAGCCGAGUACUUCUUCCUCCAACCAGUCGAUCUCUGAAGUUUCCAGUUCUGUCGAAUACAUCACCUCCUCCGUUACUCCGUUUCCAUCUUUGUAUAUACACGAUCAGACCACCUUGUCAGUAGUGGAAAAGCUCGGUUUCUCUGGAACAGCAUAUCCGUUAUCCGUAGGAGUGGAUGCCGUAGAAGCCGCCACCGUUUUGACCCUUCUUCGCCGAAGUUGAAAAAAUCACGCUCAAAAAUGAAAAAAAAAAACGAUGAAAUCUCCCUCUUCCUCUAUUUCUUUUUUUUCCUCUUUAUUCUUCCUUGUUUUUUUUUGUAAAUAGAUACUUUAUCUUAUCCAUUUAUCCACCGUCAGCAGUCUACCUCUGUUUCCUUGAAGGGAAAAAAAACUACCCCGCAGCAGUGAAAUGAUCAUUCCCCAACUUUUCUUUUAGUUUUUGAUAACUAAUGCCCAAUAAAUGUUAUGAAUAUUGAAAU